AUGAGUGAUGAUGGUGGUACGAGUAGAGAAGUUAAAUGUAGUAGGCCUGUGAAUGCCUUAGAUGCAGUAUAUGGAGCACAGUUGAGUCAAAUGGUGUCAGGACUUCAGGGGAAGCAGAAUUUAGCGAAGCAUAUUCUACGUGCCGGUUGCUGCGUUCUUGGCACCAAUACUGGGAAUCUGGAAGGGAGCGGAGCAUGCGAUCUUAUGUAUUACACAGUGGGGAGCAUAGUGCAUAAGAAGUUUGGGGAAGAUGCAUUUGGUGAAACUAUGGAGAGAAUACAUAAUUAUAUAGUAUCAGUGUUAGGUAAGGGGGAGUGUAAGCAAUUACCACGUAACAGUGCGAAGGAAUUAUUUAAAUUAAUGGAGAGGAAGGUCGAUUAUAGUUUAACCUUAGAGGGUGUGCUAGGGAAAGAAGUUAAUCCUAAAACAGUUAACUGUGAAAAGUACACAAAAUAUUUAGAACAAGUAGCGGAAGCAUGUGUAAAGGUAAAAGAACAAUGUAGGAGCUCGACUGUUAGUAGCGAAUGUACCGGAAUUGCAGAGAAGGAUAGUCAACACAGCCCAGAGUAUGUGGCACAGUUGAUAGAAACCUUAAUUCUGAAACCCCAAGCUGCAGCAGAGAAGAAGAAGAAGGAUGAACAACAGGGACUGCAGAAGUACCAUUUGGGACAUUUACCCUCACGCCAGGCGUACCAGGACUUUGACGUCAUGUGGAGAAUGUACUAUGACGAUCAGUACGUUGGUACCAUAAAAAGCGCCCUGAAAAGUACCAUGGAAACACAUCUAAAGAAUGAUCAUUGUUUGAAUCGUAUUUUAGGCGCAUGGUACUACACAACAAACAUAAUGAGUACAACGAACCAGGCCCACCAGAAUCGUUGCUCUUAUUUUUAUUAUUGGUUAGGAAUGUUAAUUCACAACAAAUUAAAGACAGCGACCGGAGAGGCAGUUGGAACCACUUCAUCAUUUUCGGAGGCUAUGAAUGCAAUCUAUGAGCAAUUGGUCAAAUUACCCAAUACUGAGGAUAAAAGUCCAUGCCCCAAAAUAACAACGGCAGAUAAUCUUGACAGCACCUUCUUCGAAUAUCGGAAAAAGGUUUUCGAUCUUUAUCACGACUAUGGCGCCAUAGAAAAACUGCUACAGGAUGACGGGGCCAGUGGUACAGCACCCUGUUCUAAGACCUUCUUUAACUACAUUGAUAACGCAAAAAACAGCAUUGAAAAGGCAAAAUCUAGCUGUAAUAGUGAACAAAAUCCGCCAUCAGCAUAUAGUGGUGAUGAUCCAUGCUGCAAAAAACUUUUACAGAAUGGUAAUACAGAACCAACUGAACAUCAUUUAUCACAACUAACAUGCACAGAGCAGACAGAUUUGCCGGACGAUGGACCAGAGGUGGAAUUAACAACUGACUGUUCUACUAAUCCAGGAGUGGAAAUUGGCCAAUCCUCCUCCUCUUCUGAUGAUGGUAGUAUUGUUGGUUCUGUGUCUGGUGGAAUUGCCACCAUAGGAAUACCAGCAAUUGGUUUCUUUUUAUAUAAAUAUACUAACAUAUUUGAUGGAAUAAAAAAAUCCCUCUUUGGUGGACUCAAUAACGGCAACAACAGAAGAGGAAGAAGAUCUACUUUUCGACAUCAACACUUUGAUGACACACUCACAGGGAAUGAUUAUUCUACACUAGGAGACGACGGUUCCACCACCCUGGGUGGUGGUGGUGGCUCGUCCACCUUAGGUGGUAGCUCCACCGAUAUUUCUACCAUCUAUGAAGAACCACCUCGUCGACCAAGCGGAAGAACACGGACAGGAACAAAUAAUAGAAGACCAGGAAAUAUACGUUAUUAUGCUACGUAA